CUGUGGGUGCUGCCUGCUUGGGAUCUGACAGCUGCUGCAGUCGAAGUCUGGAGCUGUGAUGGGGAGACUUGGCGGAGCCCUGCAAUGUGUCAAGUACUUGCUGCUGACUUUCAACCUUAUAUUCCUGCUGGCAGGAUCAGCUGUAACUGGUAUUGGUUUAUGGCUUCGAUUUGGUGGCGGAUUAAGAGUAGCAAUUUUAGAAGAUGAAUAUGAAGAUUUCAGAUCAUCAUUUUUUAUGGGUUUGUAUGUCCUAAUAGGGGCAGGAGCGUUGAUGAUGCUGAUCGGGCUCUUUGGUUGCUGUGGAGCGGCUCGUGAAUCUCAGUGUCUAAUUGGAGCGUUUUUUGCCUGCUUGCUUGUCAUUUUUGCUGCAGAAGUAACAGCAGGAGCUGUCUCCUUUCUAGGCAAAGCUGAGGCUGUUAAAAAACUGAAGAAUACAUAUCAUGAAGCUUACAAGGCCUAUCAAAAAAAUGGAUCAAAGAACACUACCCUUUCUGGUUUGCAUAAAAUGGCAAAAUGUUGUGGGACUGAGGACCCAGCCAGUAUUACAGUACUGAAGCCCUUGUGUAGUGAAAAGCAGCAGGAGUACAAGAACUGCCUCGUAGAGAUUGAGAAGACACUGAGCUACUAUUUCCAUAUAGUUGGAAUACUUGCAAUUGCCACCGCUGGGAUUACUAUCUUUGGCAUGAUAUUUAGUAUGGUUCUUUGCUGUGCAAUCCGCAACUCAAGAGAUAUGCUGUGAUAUCAGAAUCCAUAAAAGUCUUGCACCGUACCGUGUUGGAGCUCCACCUACUGGUCCAGGGACUGUAUUACAAUCCUCCGCAUAGACAGUCUGCAACAACUGUAUACACUACAGUAUAACAGAAUGUGCUUUUAGUCGAGUUUGUAUGAAGCCCUGUACUGUAUUACAGGACCCUAAUACAGGAUACUUUAUUUGGCAGACUUUUGGAACAGCUAUAUUAAAUGAUUAAAGCUUUAUACAAGCAGGCCAACCCACAAAGUACAAUAUGGUUAAACACAAUUUUAUUAAGAUUAAAUAACCCUAACAGCCUAAUUUAUCCUCUAAAAACCUUCAAUUCGAAAUUAAUUUAUUCUUUGGCCUUUUAGUGUUAAUGCAGAGAAGUAGAAUAUACUGUAUGGCAUUGGUACACUGGUACAGGUAUGGGACCUGUUAUCCAGAAUGAUCAGGAUACGGGAU